GAUAAAUAUACACAAACUGCCUCCAUUUCCCACUUCUGAAAGGUGGGGCAGAAGUGAAUCGGCGGCCGAAUGUCGAACUGCUAAAGCGUAAAGCUGAUAUGAUCUCCAGAGGGGGUUCUUCGAGCGGCGAGCUAUUCGGUAAGGUGAUUUAUACAUCGUGUUUGAGUUUAUGUGAAAGCAGGAAAGAGUUAGAAAGAAAUCGUAUUCCUACGGUGGCUGGUGGGGGUUUUGGGAUUCUCGUAUUUUCCGCAAUUCUUCUGACCAACCGGAAGAACCCUAUUUUGGUUUAUGAGGUUUCAUUUCACUACAAGCGUAAUGAACGGUAGAGCAACUAGUUAGAGUUCAAAAGUUGAUUGUUCUGGACUCUAUACGACUGCCCGUGUGAAGUUCAAUCGGAAAUUGUUGUCCCAAUUUAAAUUCCCGGAUUCAAAUUCUAAAUUUUGGCAGUUUGUUGAACGCAGUCAGGAUAAGCGAGUGAAGAUGCAGCUCUUGUUAUCUAUUGACCUGUCUUCAGUUUCAGUAAUUCAUGGCGUCACAACACUCAUCCCCGUUAAUCUGAAAUACCUCAAUGGUCAGGCAAAAUUCAAGAUAUUUAAUUCAUUAUAUUAUCGCCGGCAACGUAAUGGUACCAGAGAAUAUGGUAUAAAUGCAGUGGGCAGUUUUCCAAAUGUUGCGGAUAACUCGAUCGUCGGCCCAUGUGGUCUGGGAAAUGGAGAGGAACUUUCGCGUGACAGAUUCAACGAACUUAUAUUUGAUCUGUGUAGGCUCGGAGAUGCUGACAAGGCCAUGUCAGUUCUUGCGCAAAUGGAGGCACUUGGUCAUCAUCCAAAUGCAACAUCUUACACCUUCUUGAUUACAGCUCUUGUAAAUGUUGGCAGGAUUUUGGAGGCUGAUGCACUAUUGCAAGAGAUGGCGUGUUGUGGAUUUAAGCCAAGACUAAGGGUGUAUAAUGUUUUGCUUAGGGGCUUCUUGAGGAAAGGCCUCUUAAGCCUUGCAGAUAAGGUUCUAGUGGCAAUAGAUGAUAUGGGUGUUGGGAGGAAUAGAGAAACAUAUGAGAUGCUCCUAGAUUAUUACGUCCAUGCUGGGCGCUUGAAAGAUACCUGGUCAAUUAUUAAUGAGAUGAAGCGAGAGGGGUUUCAACUAACUUCUUUUGUGUACAGCAAUGUUAUUGAGCUUUAUAGGGACAGUGGAAUGUGGAAGAAAGCAAUGGACAUGGUGAGAGAAAUAAGCGAGAUGGGGGUGUCACCAGACAAGAGGAUUUACAAUAGCAUCAUCGAUACAUUUGGAAAAUACGGGGAUCUAGAUGAAGCUUUAGAAGUCUUUGAAAGAAUGCAUCGUGAAGGCAUAAAACCUGACAUCACCACAUGGAAUUCAUUGAUAAAGUGGCAUUGCAAGUUUGGGGAUCUUGCUAAUGCUCUUGAAUUGUUUACAAAGAUGCAAGAACAAGGUCUAUACCCUGAUCCGAAGAUCUUCAUCACCAUCAUUAGUCAUUUGGGGGAGCAGGGAAAUUGGGAUAUUAUAAAGAAGAACUUUGAUAAUAUGAUAUGUGGAGGGCAUAGGCAGAGUGGAAUUAUCUAUGCGGUUUUGGUUGACAUUUAUGGGCAAUAUGGGAGAUUUCAGUAUGCUGAAGAGUGCAUAAAUGCUCUGAAAUUGGAAGGCAUUAAUCUUUCAGCUAGCAUCUUUUGUGCCUUGGCAAAUGCUUACGCUCAACAGGGAUUAUGUGAGCAGACAGUAAAAGUCCUUCAGCUCAUGGAAGUUGAAGGAAUAGAGCCAAACCUUAUAAUGCUGAAUGUAUUGAUCAAUGCAUUUGGUAACACUGGUAGGCAUUUGGAAGCGUUAUCCAUUUAUCAAUUUAUAAAAGAAAGUGGCUUUAGUCCUGAUGUGGUUACCUACAGUACACUUAUGAAGGCAUUUAUGAGGGCAAAGAAGUUUGAUCAGGUCCCUAAAAUAUACAAGGAAAUGGAAUCUGCUGGAUGUACACCAGAUAGAAGGGCUAGGGAAUUACUGCAAACUGCAUUAAUGGUCCUUGAACAGAGAUGCUUCUAGUAGCGGAUUGGAUCUUGGUCUGCAGUCCUCAAGCAUUCCCACCAGAUAUGACCAUAACCAAAAGGACCUCUAGUUUUUGUAAUUCUCAUGCUUCAGUAUUGAAUGAUGAAUGUGAGAAGGACCUGCACUUGGUUGUUUUUUACUGAAGCUGAAAGGUGCUGCACUCCCAGAAUCCCCCAGACACGGUUAUCUCAAUUCCGCUGCCCAAACUGCAUAUUGAGCAUCUGCUAGAUGUCAAAGAACACUUUAUACCCAGUGAUGGAGGGCCUGAGCAGAGGAACUAACCUUUUUACCAUCCCAUGGCUGAAGUAGGGAAAACGAAUCUUUCCGUGCCAUUCCCCUCCAACCAUGUCCACUCCAGUAUAAUGUUCUAAGCAGAAUAAAGAGAGACAUCGUGAGAAAAGAGAGACGCAAAUAUGUGAAAGUAAAUGAUAUUUAUAUAGAAUUUUUCUGUAGAAAGUUCAUACUUCAUACAGAAUGACGUAGUGGUGAAGUCUUGGUAGUUGCAUACUAUUCAGGGCAAGCGUCCGUAGCAACAAUAAAAUUUGAUCUUUCAGGAUAGAAAAUUAAGGGUUUUAAGUUGUGAAAACAGCCUAUUUGUUAAAAUAAGGCUGUAUGUGAAAUGCCUGUCCCCAAGGAAAUUCUAUGUUAUUUGUAGGCACUGGUACCUUGUACAAUGCAAAGGGUGUGAUGCAUAACACGAAGGCUAUAUUAUACAACACAAACGGUGUAUUACGCGCAUGAAAGGUCUUUACCUGAUAGUUGUAAAAUACACUAUUUAGGUAUACAAUAAAACUCUUUGUGAUGUACAUUACACCUUUUAUAUCAUGCAAAAAUACUAGUAGCUGAAGGAACCAUACAAUUUCCCCAAAUAAUGAUGUGAUGCUAUGAUGCUAUUGAUGUCUUUUCUCGGCAGAACUUCGCCCUGAAUGUGAAGCUAUUGAUGUCUUUACUUGGCAGAACUUCCCCUGAAUGUGAAGCCUGGUUCCAUGGCUAGCAUGCACUCAGUAAAUAAAGGUGAAGAGAACUGAUUCCUGAACCAUUGAUAAUAAAAAGAUGUGAGAAGGGGGGAUGGAUUCCUUUCCCCUCUUCCUUCUUCAAACCUUUUCUUCUCCAUUCCCUCAAUCCAAAGAUUAAUGUUCUAGGUAGAACAAAGCAAGACAUAUGAUGUAGCCAUUUUUAUCCCUUCAGGAUCAAGCCCUGCAAGGUUCAUUUCAUUAUGAAGUCAGAAACUAUCUUUUGAUUUUGAGAAAAAGUGAACUGAUUUUAAAAUUAUUAUUGGGGAAAAAAAAAAAGUCAAUUUGGAUAGAAACAUUUUAAAUUUGAAAUAUUGGUAUUUCAAGUUCAAAAUCAUCUUGAAUUUGGAUAUAAAGUCAAAGAGCUUUCAACAAAAAUGCAAAUUUUAAAUUUUAAAUAUCUGGAUCAAAAUGAUUAAGACUCCAUACAAAAGGUACCUUAAGAGUAAGAGUAAUUUUUUUUUUUUUUUUUACUAAAAGAGUAAAAUUAAUGAAAUGGUAAUGAAAGGUAAGCUUAGCAAAAUUACUGUAAUUAUAACAAAGAAAAGGAAAAAGAAUAAGAAUGAGACAUAGGGAAGAGAGAAAUGGUAGAAGUAAACACAUGCUUUAUUAUUAAGGCAAACCGCAAACAUAGACAGCACACAGCUCCACCACCAGAAGUACAUUAGCCUGACAACAAAAGAUUUGCAUGUAUCACAACAACUUCAAACUGUUAUCUCAUCUCACAGAGAGCCACUUAUUUAACAGUACUGGAACCCCCUAAUAUUAAGACCAAGUGAGAAGAGCUACACAACACUUAGCUAGGCGCUAUAUAUAUAUAUAUAUAUAUGGAGAGAGAGAGUGAGAGAGAGAAGAGCAGGCAGCAGCAGCAGCAGCAGUUGUAGUUGAGCCAGCAGCCCUCUGUUGGCCUGGAUAUCAGAGGAGGAGGAGAGGGCAGCCUAGGCUAUGAUUGCCACUCAAAGUUGGGGAGGAUUAAUUCCCGAAUCCUCGGUGGGCUUCUCCAAGUCCUCCAGGGGUCGGAAGAAGGUCUUCUGCUCCAACACCGAGUCCGA